AAAAGAUUUCAAGCCGCCUUAAAGUAAAAAAUUUUCGGCGGCGUUUCUGAAAUUUAUUCGACGGCUAAGUUUAGUCGGCUUGAUGGCGAACCGACGCAGGUCUUUAUAGUAGUUUACUAGCAGCGAGUGAAAAAUUUCUAUCCACUAUGGCUCUACGUGUUCUUAAUAUGGCUUUGCGUCGCCAAUUGGCUCAAUUGCCCCGCAAUGCCCAAGUCGGCAGCGUAGCCUCUGUCCACACUUUGGACAAGAUUGGCAAACGUGAAAUCGUAGGCUAUGGCUGGAACGGCACUGCCUGUUAUGCCGAUCGUGUCGAUUAUCCUAUGCCUGCCAUUCGUUUCCGUGAGGCCACCAAUGAAAUCAAUGCUUUGCGCGAAAAGGAGAAGCAAGAUUGGAAGAAAUUGAGCAUGGAGGAAAAGAAAGCCUUAUACCGUGCCAGUUUCUGCCAAACUUUCGCCGAAAUGAAGGCCGGUACCGGUGAAUGGAAAAUGCACUUGGGUAUGGGUUUGAUUUUCACCACCUUGGCUCUUUGGGUUGCCAUUUUCAUGAACACCUUUGUCUACGAUGAAAUGCCCGUUACCUUCGAUGAAGAGCACCAAAAGGCUCAAUUGAAACGUAUGUUGGAUUUGGAAAUGAACCCUGUCACUGGUAUCUCCUCCAAAUGGGACUACGAAAACAAGAGAUGGAAGUAAAUUAUUCCAAAUUGUUUUUACCAAUUUGCUAGCAAAUGGCUAAACAAUAUGUGUAUUGUGUACUUUAUAUAAAACAAAAAAUAAUUUAAGUAACCAAAACCAACCAAAAAACAACAAAAUCUGUUUUUCUUUCCCCUCCAGCAGCUGUUUCCUUAUAUAAUUUAAGAGUAAAGCUUUAAAAUAUUUAGAACAAUUUAUGUUAUGAUGAUCAAACUAAUGCAUGGUAGAAGAAAAACAAGGAAAAUAGAAAAUCUAACUAAAAA